AUGCGCCGCACAGAUGCCACUUUCCUGGAACCAUUCCUGGAAUGUGUCUAUGUGUGUCGCAGCUUUGCUCCCUCUGCACUCCAGUCCCAGCUCUACACUCCUGGCCCAGCUCUGCACUCCUGGCCCAGCUCUGCACUCCUGGCCCAGCUCUGCACUCCUGACCCAGCUCUGCACUCCAGGCCCAGCUCUACACUCCAGGCCCAGCUCUGCACUCCAGUCCCAGCUCUAAACUCCAGGCCCAGCUCUACACUCCAGUCCCAGCUCUACACUCCUGGCCCAGCUCUGAACUCCUGGCCCAGCUCUGCACUCCAGUCCCAGCUCUACACUCCUGGCCCAGCUCUGCACUCCAGUCCCAGCUCUACACUCCUGGCCCAGCUCUGCACUCCAGUCCCAGCUCUACACUCCAGGCCCAGCUCUACACUCCACUCUGAACUCCUGGCCCAGCUCUGCACUCCUGGCCCAGCUCUGCACUCCUGGCCCAGCUCUGCACUCCUGGCCCAGCUCUACACUCCUGGCCCAGCUCUGCACUCCAGUCCCAGCUCUACACUCCUGGCCCAGCUCUGCACUCCAGUCCCAGCUCUACACUCCUGGCCCAGCUCUGCACUCCAGUCCCAGCUCUACACUCCUGGCCCAGCUCUACACUCCUGGCCCAGCUCUGCACUCCUGGCCCAGCUCUGCACUCCUGACCCAAACCAGAAGUGUCCAAUGCUCCUCUGCUCUCAGUGCUUCAUCGAGAAAUACAUAGAGUCAUGA